AUGGCGGCCAACUUCUGGCAGUCCUCCCACAGCAAGCAGCUACUGGACCCGGGAGCAGUGGCGCGGCUGCUGCAUGCGGAGGACGACCGCAUGGGCCUCUCGCCCUCAGACGUGCGCCUGGUCAAGCUGCACAUGUGUGACCACCUGGCAGUCUUGGCUCACCGCCUCAACCUCCGCCAGAGGGUUGUGGCGACCGCCAUUGCCUACUUCCGCCGCGUCUAUGUCAAGAAGUCGUUCGCAGAGGUGGACCCGCGGUUGGCAGCACCGGCAGCGGCAGCCAAAGCGGAGGAGUGCACGGUGCAGGCUGUGAAGCUGGUGCACCGCAUGAAGAGCCACGCCUGCAUGUGUGGGCAUGGAGCCAUGGGGUACGAGGUGAAGGACAUACUGGCAAUGGAGAUGCGCCUGCUGCAGGCGCUCUCCUUCAACCUCAUCGUCUUCCACCCCUACCGCCCGCUCUCCACGUACUUGGAAGACGUCGGCAGGGCGCUCAGCCUCUCUCCCAAUGUGAAGGAGGACUUUGCUCAGAUGGCCUGGUCAAUGGUGAACGACUCAUUCAAGACGGACCUAUCGCUGUGCCACCCGCCGUUCAUCCUCGCCCUUGCAUGCAUCCACCUCGUUGCCCUCAUGCGCCACCUGCCGCUUCUGCCCUGGCUGGAAGGGCUGCGCGUCGACAUGCACCGGUGCAGUGGUAUCACUGGUGGGUGUGCGUUGGAGGGCCGCCAUGCGCCACCUGCUGCUCCUGCCCUGGCUUGA